UCCGUCGAGGAGCUGAACGCGAAGAAAGAAGAACCGCUUCGUUGCCUCAGCUAGCAGCGAAGCCGAUAACUCAACAACAGUGACCACCUGGAUAAAAAGUAGAGCUCAGAUAAUGGCUACCGGUGCUGAUGUCAGAGACAUUCUGGAGUUGGCAGGAGGAGACAAUGAUGCAGGACCCAUCAGCAAGAAAGAUAUCAUCAACUCAGACAAGAAAAAGGCCAAGAAAUCCACAGAGACGCUGACCUUCAAGAGGCCAGAGGGGAUGCACAGAGAAGUCUAUGCUUUGCUGUACUCUGACAAAAAGGACGCUCCUCCACUGUUGCCCAGUGACACCACUCAGGGUUACCGGACGGUGAAGGCGAAGCUGGGCUGUAAGAAGGUCAGGCCGUGGAAGUGGAUGCCUUUCACCAACCCGGCCAGAAAAGAUGGAGCCAUCUUCCAUCACUGGAGACGAGCGGUGGAGGAGGGGAAGGAUUACCCUUUCGCCCGCUUCAACAAGACUGUCCAGGUGCCCGUGUACUCUGAACAGGAGUAUCAGAUGCAUCUCCAUGAUGAUGGCUGGACUAAAGCAGAGACGGAUCACCUGUUUGACUUGUGCAAGCGAUUUGACCUGCGGUUCAUCGUUAUCCAUGACCGCUAUGACCACCAGCAGUACAGAAAACGUUCUGUGGAGGAUCUGAAGGAACGUUAUUAUAAUAUCUGCGGGAAGCUGACGAAGGUUCGUGCCGUUACCGGCACAGAGCCCAAAAUCUACAUCUUUGAUGCAGGUCACGAGAGACGCAGGAAAGAACAGCUGGAGAGACUCUUCAGCCGUACACCUGAACAGGUGGCAGAGGAAGAGUACCUAAUCCAGGAGCUGAGGAAGAUCGAGACUCGCAAGAAGGAGCGGGAGAAGAAGGCGCAGGAUCUGCAGAAGCUGAUCACGGCGGCCGACAGCACCACAGAAAUGCGCAGAGCCGAGCGCAAGGCCACCAAGAAGAAACUCCCACAGAAACGAGAGACAGAGAAACCGGCUGUACCUGAAACUGCAGGAAUCAAAUUCCCUGACUUCAAAUCAGCAGGAGUCUCAUUGCGAAGCCAGAGGAUGAAGUUACCGAGCUCUGUGGGACAGAAGAAGAUAAAAGCGAUUGAGCAGAUCCUCACUGAGCAAGGAGUGGAUUUGAACCCCAUGCCCACUGAGGAGAUUGUGCAGAUGUUCAACGAGCUCCGCAGCGACCUGGUCCUCGUCUACGAGCUCAAGCAGGCCCACAGUAACUGUGAGUAUGAGCAGCAGAUGCUGCGGCACCGCUACGACGCUCUGCUGAAGGCAGGGGGUGCUAUGACACCCCAGAGUGAGAGCGGCGGGGGUCCUGACAGCCAAGCUUGGCCUGGACCUGAUGACAUCAAAACAGAAGCCAAGGAGCAGAUUAUCGAUGUGGUGGGAGCGCCACUCACGCCCAACUCGCGCAAACGCAGAGAGUCCGCCUCCAGCUCCUCCUCCAUCAAGAAGAUGAAGAAACCUUGACAUGGAUCACUUUUUAAAGGACGUUUCUGGGAAGAAAGGGACGUUGUUAAGCAGUCUGCAUCUCUGAGCGUGGGGGUUUGUAGCGCAAGGUUAUGGUUGUGGGCUGUUCAUCACUCCAGCAACUGAAGAUCAAGUUGUAUCUUCAUCAUUGACGUGGUCUUCACAGGCUGACCACCUCUUGCCUUCUGUUCUCUCCUUCUCAAGCCUUUCUGCUCUUCACUGUUCCUUCAGAAAGCCAGUCUUAUCAUCCUAUUCCUCUGCUGCCUUAUCUUCAUGUUAUGCAGCUCUGGCACAGGGGAAGCCUGCUGAGAUAUGAAUUGCUGGAGAAAAGAUGAAAUAGGGGAACACGUCUGGAAUGAAGGAGUAUUUGCUGAAUGGUAUGGAAAAAGGAUGUUUUGGAUCCUAUCUAUGUCUUAAAAGUCCUAAAAAAAUUUACGUUUUCCAUCCUCAGAGUUUCAUGUUACAGGCUCCUGUGAAAGUUGGACUGUUUUGGUUCAACAAGUGUGCCUACAAGUGUUAUUCUGCCAACCACGUCUCUUAGCUCUCGUCCUGACCCCCAUUUCGGAGUAAUCUGGCUGAGAUGGACAGACCAAGCGACUGCUCUAGCGCCCUCUACAGUCUGCCUGCUGUAUUCAGACCCAACACCUGGCUGUGAAUCUCCAUUAAUUAAGAUCUAAUAAAUGUUGUGCUUUUUCACUU